CAUGGUUUAUCUUAAGUCCAGUCUAGUAGAUACUUUGGUGAUAUUUGUUCUAUGUUUGAGUGUCUUUUCUAAACAUGGAGCAGGAGAAAACUAUACUAACGUGUCUGAAGAAGAAAAUAUGGAGAUCGAAAAACAACUCAAGGUUCUCAAUAAACCUCCAAUCAAGACGAUAAUCACUAAAACAGGUGGUGUUUUUGAUUGCAUCGAUGUCUAUAAACAACCUGCUUUCGACAAUCCAUUGCUUAAAGAUCAUAAAAUUCAGAUGAAACCAAGUUAUUUUAUUCGAGAAGAAAACAUUAGUAAGAUAGAUGCAUCUGUCAGAAAGGCAUCAUCGAUAAAGAUUAAUGAGCUUCACAAAGAAAUAAUGUGCCCAGCUGGAACAGUCCCUAUUCGAAGGACCACAAAGCGGGAACUGAUCUUUUCUAAUCUUCUAAAAAGGAGUAAACGAAAUCAAACAGACGGUUACCCUCACAACCAUAUGUAUCAUCAUUAUGUAACUGUAGAAACACCUUACGACGAAAAGAAUGAAUACUAUGGAGCUAAAUCUAGUUUUGGAAUACAUAAGCCGUCUGUAACUUCGAAUCAAUUUAGCACAUCUCAAAUGUGGAUUCAGAACGGGCCCCGUGAUCAAACUAAUAGUAUAGAAAUUGGAUGGGCUGUAUUCCCGGAACUCUUUGGUGAUGAUGCUACCAGAACUUUUGGUUAUUGGACGGCUGAUGGAUAUAAAAACACGGGUUGUUUUAAUAUGCUUUGCCCAGGUUUCGUGCAGGUGCACACCCGAAUUCCAUUUGGAACAAAUUUAAAUAAUCCCGUACCCGGUAUCGGGAAUGAAGUAUUUUUCUGGGUAUUUCGGGAUAAAAAGAGUCAUAAUUGGUGGUAUUAUAUGGGUAAUGACGAUUCAACGCCAAUUGGAUAUUGGCCACAGGAGCUCUUUCCUCAUCUUCCAUACGGUGCAUUAGUAAAAUUUGGUGGAAUAGCAGAUGCAAUGCUAAAUGCACCAAGUCCACCUAUGGGGAAUGGAAAUUUACCGACAGACGCUUAUAUAAUGGAACAAACGGGUUUUAUGCGAUAUUUGCAGAUCCUUGAGGAAAAUGGAGGCACGAGUUACUUCGGUAAUUCUGCAGUGCCAAAGAAAGAUCUUGAUACAAGAUCUGAUUGUUAUGACGUUGUCUUCCGCAAAUAUGGUGCUUGGAGAAGACGUAAACUUGGGUACAAUUCUAUGAUAUUUGGGGGGCCUGGUGGUUAUUGCAUCUGAUUUUUCAUCAACAUAAAUAUGGCAUAAGGUAACUUAUACCGUAUUAAAAAAUGUAUCUUUCAUAAAUAAAUAUUGUGGUACCAACAAGGUUUAAUGUUUGUUUACUAGAAAAAUGAA